GCUGCUGCAGCCAAGAGGUAUUUCGGAGGAGAUCCAUUUCUUUGGAGGAGAUCUAUUUGGCGCGGGCUUCUGGGGGCAUUCACAUAUCGGUUGGAACGGGAGGUUUGAAUCUUGGCGGCUCUCGGUUGCAUCAAAUUUGGGCCAUGUCAUCCGAGCACAAGUCGCCGGAGACGGAAGAACGCCUUGGUGUCGUCCGCAGUGAAGGAUCUACUGGCGGUCAGGUCGAGUCGGCGUUGAGGACGGGAGGGGGUUCGUUUCCUCCGUCUCAGGUUGUGGCGGGCGCUACUGCAGCGGCCGCGAGGGCUGCUGCCGGUGGCGUGGAUUCACCAGCAGGUGACGUGGCUUCAACAACGCACUCAUCCGCAGAUGUUGGUGUUGCUGAGAGCAGUGGGUUUCCGACUCAAAGUCAUGCUCGGGCCUUGGCUUCCAGCGGGGACCGCCAGCCGGAGCUCGGGCGUGCGGAUGACCAAGUCCAGGCCCACGUCAUGUCUCGUUUGGCCCAUAUGUCGGUGGGUGCUGCGGCGGGGGGAGAGCCCAGCGAGGGCACCACGCUCGCGUCUGAGAAUGCGGAAAAAAUCGCUCGUCUCGAACAAGGCCAUACCAACGUUGUGGCGCAGCUUACCGUGAUCGCUGGGUUGCUGAAGAACUUCCGGCCGGAGUCGGGGCAGGAUGGGAGUCGUGGGCCCGGGGGCUCGGGAGGCCUCGGUCUGGUGCCGGCGUCGUCGCCGUGGGGCGGGGGCGCGGGCGGGGGGGCGAGUGUGCCCGCGAGGUCCAACGCCAAAGAGGAGGCGAGGAGGGAGGCCACCAUUUGGCAGGCCAAAUAUAAUCAGACACUCUGGGUACUUCGGGGGCAGCGGGGGCCGGAGCCCGGGCCACAGAAGGAGGACCUGCAGGGAUUGAUGGGCGAUAUCGUUCACGUCACGGGCGACGUCCUCGCCCAGAUGCGUGCGUUUUCGUCUUUCGACGUCAAGAGCUUCCGGCCCGUGGGGGUUGCCCGUACGUCGUCUAUUGCAGACAACUUCGACGUGAUGUGUGAGGCGGUGAUGCGGCUGUUGAAGUUUGGUCUAGAUUCGUCCACGACCGCGGGUGUGCAAUCGCUGCGGCGGUUGGAACCCAUAGCCACAGCCAUGGCGGACGCACGCUCCAGGUUUCGGACUACUCUCGUGCGGAAUAGUGAUGUGUUUCCGGACGAGUACCAGCGGGCGGCACUGCCAAGGUUACCGAACGAGGACUUCAAAUUGUGGACAACGGCGAUCAUCACCUGGAUGUACCCCUUCACGAAAAUGCAUUAUCCGCCGGACGCGUUCGACGGACACACCUUGCCGCCGGUGCCCGAGUUCCCCAACAUCAACAACUUCUGUGAACGGGGGGUCAAUCUAUUCCGGCUGGUCCUGAGUGACGGAGGAAAAUAA